CGUGUUUUAUUCUCCACUACAAAUAACAAUUCAACUUGAAAGUUAACUGUACCUUGUUAGAUACAAGAUUUAUGCGGUGUAGUUUUAUUCUUUAUGCAGGAUGUCGACGAAACGCAAAAGAGCGCCGGCUAAGAAACCAGCAAAUAAACGAUCUAAGAAAAGAGAAGAAAGUGAUAUUGAUUCGGAAUUGAGUGAUAUCAGUGACAAUGAAAAUGCCCAACAACCAGACGAAGUGCUGAUUGCAGGACAUGGUGAUGUCCUUGACGAACCUAUGCAGCUACCUCAAGAACUACUCAAGACGCUUAUUAAACCGGCUGGUCAAUUAUUUUUGUUUGGCAAUGUCAAUUGGGAUACUGCCGGGCGAAAGGAUACCAAAUCUGGUGGACGAUCACUGCCUAAUUUAAACAGUCCUUAUCGAUUUACUGAUCUCAAAGUUCGAUUAGCCGUAAGUGGAUGUGUUGCAGCACAUAGUGUUAUAAUUACAGAAGAUGGAAAAGCAAUGACUUUUGGUAGGAAUCAAUAUGGUCAAUUGGGUAUUGACAACACAACCACCAAAGAUGUGCCAACAGACGUUAAUGCAUUGGUUAAUAUGAAUGUAAUUUCCGCAGCGUGCGGUCGUAAUCAUACACUUUUCCUGACUGAUACCGGAACAGUUUAUGCUUGUGGUGAUAAUCGCUCUGGACAAUGUGGUGUGGGUAAUCAGCAACCCAAUAUACUCACACCCACUCGAAUUAAUUACAGAGGUCCACCUAUAGUAAAGGUUGGUUGUGGUGCGGAAUUCUCACUAGUUCUUGAUAUAAAAGGAGGCUUACAUUCAUUCGGAUUACCUGAAUAUGGUCAACUUGGACAUAACACAGAUGGGAAAUACUUUAAAACAAACACAAAACUUUGUUAUAAUUUUGAAACGAGUCCUAAACGGGUUGUUCUUUAUAUUGAGAAAGGUAAAGAUGGUCAUGUUUCGCCCGUUGAUGUAACCGAAAUCGUUGAUUUUAAUUGUGGUCAAAACCACACUGUGGCAAUUGAUAGCAAAAAGCGAGCUUUUUCGUGGGGUUUUGGUGGGUUUGGAAGACUUGGGCACGCAGAACAAAAAGACGAAUUUGUGCCCCGAUUAAUAAAAUACUUUGAUACUCAAUCUCGAGGUGUUCGAUCCGUUCAUUGUGGUUCCACGUACAGUCUUGCCGUCACCGAUUUUGGGGCGCUGUUUAUGUUCGGACAGACCAAACGUACCGGGGAAGCGAAUAUGUAUCCAAAACCAGUUCAAGAUUUAGCUGGGUGGGAUAUUCAUUUAGUUGCCACUGGGAAUACAUCAAUUAUUAUAGCUGCUGAUGAUACUGUUAUUGCUUGGGGAGCUUCACCAACUUAUGGGGAAUUAGGUUUUGGUGAUAUUACAAAAUCUUCGACUACACCAAAAGAAGUAACUCGUUUGAGUGGCGUUAAGGUAUUACACUUAGCGAUGGGUCUUUCUCAUACACUUUUGAUAGCUCAAAAUGAUACAGAUGAUCAAAAAGCUAAACUGGAUACUUUCGAUAAAUUUGAAUUGUAAUCCUGUCCAAAAUGCAAGGCUUUUACUAACAUCAGGUCUAAAUAAGAAUAACGUGACUGUUUCUGUACGUGUUAAAGGCCACGCACCAUUGUCGUCAGUACUACUACUACUGCCUCCCGUUCUUUUGAUACUUUUUAUCACAAAUCCGCGAAUUUUUUUUUAGUGUAUCCGAGAGAAUUACGUCUCUAAGUUUUAGAUUUCCAGUAUUUUUUUAUGGCGUAUUUAUUGUUUACAGGAUAAAAUUUAGGAACACAAUCAUACUAAAUAAGUAACAAUAAGGGGAAUAUUUUUCUUCGAUUGUAAUUUUUAGGAAUAUCUUAAUAGUUUUUUUAAAUUUACAUACGAUUUUUUAUUUUCUCAAACUUAGUUUUGUAAGUGAUAUGUAUUCUUCUUUACAUUUUCUUUUUUUUAAAUAAAGUGUAUCACGAUAA